AAAAAUGAUAAGCAGCCAAUAAAAUACUAACUGAAAACUUUAGUGCAUUUGAAAAACUAAAUUUCCAACGAAAACUUAAAUGACAAAACUAAAAUACUGCGCUACAAUAAAAAAAGCUAUAAAAAAGUUGAGCAACCGCAGAAGACCGCAUCCGUCGGAGGAUGAAAUGCCACACAUCAAUUACUCGUAAAACGACAAUUUCUAUGAAGACUGAUUUUGUUUAGUUAGAAACUAACAGAUAUUCGAAACAACUGUGUAACGCACACAACUACGAAGACGCCUAGAAGUGCACACAACUAAAGGCGAACUCAAAACUCACAAUAUGGAAAGCAGCGAUAGACUGCUCUAUCGCAAGCGUUGUUUCACCAGCAUCGGCAGCAGUUGUACGAUGGAGCAGAAAAUUCUAGUACUGAUGGCAGUCGUGAUAGCAAAUGCCUGUAUAGCAGGCACCAUACCCGCCACACCCGAAAACAUCACCGUCACCUUCCUCACGCCCACAACGGUGCGCGUCUCCUGGCAAACGAUGAUCGAUUUGAAUGCGCAUCCAAUCGAGAAGUAUAUCGUGACAUACAAGCCGACAGAUGACAGUUACAGGGUUGUCCAGGAUGUCGCCGGCAAUAGUGAGGCAAUCAUUUUAGAUCGUCUAUCGCCCAGCACUCAGUACUCGAUAGCGGUGACGGCCAUUUGGCUAGGCAAGAAGUAUCGCAGCAGACAGAUCAUAUUUCGCACAUUGGAUAUGCCCAAGACAUCGUCACAGCAGGACUACGCGCCCGGACACACGACCGGUGCGCUGGGAAGCCAAAACAGCGUUGGAAAUAUUAAUACGGCUGUCGCCGGAGGUGGUGCGCCUGGUGCGGCCGGUGGAAGUGGUGUGGGGGUUGCUGGCACGGGGCUUAUCGGCGGCAAUCUGGCUAGCGCAGCGGCAGCAGCGAACGGUAAUGGCACGUAUGGAGACGAUGUAACGUCAACAGUGACGAAUACAAUGGCACAACGGCCACGUGAAUUGCCAACGAUACGCGGCGUUGAAAUCGGUAUUGUGCUGAUUGUUUUGAUGGUGUGGGCUGGUGCUAUAGCACUAUUCUUCAAUCGUUGGGGCAAAAUCCGAAUGCUGUUGCCGUAUCAACCGGACUACAAGCACGAACAGCUGAAGGUACCCGGCACCGGAGUGUGCACUGGCGCUGGCUGCAAUGGACAACAUUCGCAUCAGCAUUUCCACAUGUUGCAUGAGGAGCGUUCUGCCUCCAUUUCAGAACGAUGUACACGUAGUCGCAUCAAUUCGGCCAUAUUUGUGUCGUCCGAGGGCAGAGGAUUUGAUUCAAUCGAAUUUCUGCGUCGUCAUGGUUCGCAGAGUGUGCUGUGUCGGAAGGCACGCAGCGCCGAGAACAUCACCGACAAUGAGCGCAAGAAAAGCUUCUCCGACAAUAAGGGUUCGUGGCGCAACGAAGGACAUAUUGACAGCGAUCCCAAUGCUUCGAACAGGAGACAAGAUGAUAUGGAUGGUAGCGCCAUUGAACUACGCGAAUGCCGUCCCAAUGCCAACAAUUGCAGUGCUGGUUGCUGCGCUGAGUCGCGAACACUCUCCGUACUCACUACCAACACCAGUUGCGAUCAUCCAUCCACGUCGGCGGCCGCAGCGGCUUCAAUGGCCGCCACGAAUGUGGUUGUGGGCAGCAUUUCAAUUGAAACACCACCUUCCCACAUCAAAGAUGAACUGCACAGCAGCACAGCCAGCAUCGCAGCCGCAACCACCGCCAUUGUCGCUUUGCAGAAUGGUGAGAAGAGACAGCGUCCAAACAACUUUGCCGGCAUGUCGACGAAGAUUUCCGUCUCGCGAGAUUCCACCGACACUGUCGAGGAGUUAGUACUCGUGCCAACCGUCGCGGCCACGGCGGUGCCAUUGCCAGAGAUAGCCAUAACAAACCGUUCACGUACACUCGUGCGGCAGCGUUCCUCAACCGUCUCCACUUCACCGCACCGCAGUCCGAAGACGCUAGCGCUAAAGCAUGCCAAACCAAAGAUCGCGGCUUUACCAAUGGUGUCGGUUUCGGGUCCAUCACCUCCGCACGAGAAACCGCCACCACAACCGCAAACGGAGUAUUUGUAACAAAUGGCAGCCGAAACAUUUAUUUAAGUUUAAGUGCAUGCAACGUUGACAUGGAAGAUAGGAGGCAUAUAUGAAGAGCAAGCAAGCGGUCGGUGCGGCAGCGGCGAAAGGUGUUGUACGAAGGUCGGGUUUAGAGGCUUGCCUCGAAUCAAUAAGGCACAAAAUAUCCAGCAUAUCCUCAGCGAAGUAUAUAAUUGGAAUCUUUCCUAUACUCUUCCUAACUUCCAGCUCACGUAUUUAGCUCACACACUUACAAAUGUUUCGGCUAUAAUUGGAACAGCUCGGGGCCCACUCGCGUUGGGCUUCUCUAUCGUCUAAAAUCUAAAUAAAAAUCUCAAAACUGACUGAACUAUUCGUAACUACUGAAGAAACCGUUAAAAACAAAAAACAUACAAGAGAGUGUACAUGUAGGUCUGUAUAUUUAUCAGAAAAUUGUUAAACCUUAGUACUAGUUGUUAGCUCCGAAAAUACAACCCGAGCCAUUGGUAGAUUGGCGCAAAGCUUUAACAAGUCACUUGAAAACUUUCAAGCUUUAAUAUUACAAAUACCGUGAAUACUGUUUAUAACAUUUUUUCGUCAUUAUUCAAUAUUUCAUUAUUGAUCAAUAUUAUUAGUGUAACAUACAUGUACAUACAUAUGUAUGUGUGCAACUAUUUACUAUUUAUAAGUAUAUAUACAUAUGUACGUAUGUAAUUAUUUAUUGUAUUUAUGUAAAUAUGUUUGUCUAGAUUUAAGUGCAGCUGACAACAAAUUAUAUUAAGCAAUCGAAGGAAGUAACAACAACAAUAUAAUCAUAGAAUAAUUGAUUACCAUCAUUACUUCUCCAUGUACCCAAAAAGAAACAUGUGCAACCACUUGCUUAGGAAAUGUACUUAGGAUUUUAGGGAGUUUACAUUGUAGGUUUCCGAAUUGCGUUUCUUUGUGAAUUCCAAUAUAUGUAGAUACAUGCAUACAUAGUGAAUAGUUUUUUUAUUAUGUACUUAAAUAAAGUAAAUAUGUGCUUAGGUAUGUAUUUGUAAGUUUUAUAUUCAUACCUACAUGUCUAAUAUCGUACAUAUGUAUAUCUAUAUAGCAUGACUUAACGGCGUUUUGACGUUUUGUAAGAGUGUUAAUGCUACAAAGGGAAAUCAUCUUGCAGGUGACAACGUUAAUGCCAGGUUGAAGCGCGUAAACAAAUACAUAAACAUUAGGGUGUUCGAUAUUUCCCAAGUUGAAUGUUUAUUUCCAAAAGCUCACUGUAGUUUCGGAUUUCGCUUUAAAAGUAAGGAUCCAAUGUAAACAAGCUCUUUAUUUUCGAUUUAAAACGUGGCUCAAUCAUAUUUAUGUUCCGGUAUGUACACAUGAUGCAUAUAGGGUUUGUCCGGAAAGUAAUAGGACUGAGUCGAUUUAAGAAAUGUACUGAAACCAGUCGUUACAAUUCUUUAAAAAAUUUCAAAAUAUGCUUCUUCUGCGUCGAUAACGCGCUGCCAGCGCGGUUUCCAAGUCAUUCGAGGUGCGAGCUGCUUGGAUC